AUGUUUUCCCACAGAUGCCAAGCCCUGGCUGUGUUCACAGUUUGCCUCCUUGCGCGCACAGUCGUGUAUUCCAUCCAGAGAUGCGGGAAGGACCUUUGCCGGGAUGACGAGAUCUGCUGCGCGCAAGGAAACAACACCACCGCGGUCACCUGUUGCAGGCAGUUCGUGGACAAGACUUACUACAACAUCGCCAUGGUCACCCGGAAACUUUCCGGGGUGCUCAUUAUGCUGCUCCUCUUCGCGGUGGGGUACUUUGUGCAGAGGCUGCUGUGCUCCAGAUCGAGGCAGCUCACCCCGCCGCAAAACGGACAGCCGCCUGUUACCGCGUCACAGGAGAUGCUCAUGGAGAGCUGCACCCCGGACAGCUCGGUGGAUGCAGCUCCUCAUCUGCCCACAUACGACGAAUGCACACGGCUGCCGGCGUACGAAGGGACAGCCCGGGACUGGAGAACGCAACGGCCGAUGUCUAGCGUGGCGCAUUCUACAUGACGGCAGUUGGAUAAAGUGGAGCUCAUGGCGCUUUAGAUUAGAUACUUGUGAUCGUCUUUUACAUCGUUAUUGUGGGAAUUUAGAAAAAAGGAAAAUCCUACACAGAGCGCACAGGACGUUGUCUGAUGUGUUUUCUCUGCAGCCUGAUGUUUUCACUCACUGUUUUACCGCUUUGUUGCUCCAGUUGUUCCAAGGAAUGUGUUUCCAAGCGAGUUCCAUUCUCUCAUAAAGGCACCUUGGCUUCACAAAUGUUAAUAAAUCAUCUAAUGCUUUAUAGAUCAGUGAAAAAUAAGAUCAUUGGAGUUGCUAAGUAUUUUUGGCUGGUGUGCAAUUAUCCCCAGUACGACCUUUGCUUUGUGUUUUGGCUCUUUAUUUGAUCAGGAAAUAAUAAACCAACCUAUUACCAAA